AUGGACACCAAGUCAGCUCGACAAUUCGACGGUGUGUACGACGUCAUCAUCGUGGGCGCGGGACUAUCCGGUAUCAACGCCGCCCAUCACAUCCAAGAGAAGGUCCCGAACCUCACUUACACGAUCCUCGAGGGCCGCGACAGUCUUGGAGGCACCUGGGAUCUGUUCCGCUACCCAGGUAUCAGAUCUGAUACGGACCUGCAUAGUUUUGGCUUUGGCUGGUUCCCAUGGGUGGAAAAGCGUGCCAUUGCUGAUGGGGCCUCCAUCGUGCGAUAUCUGCGCGACGCGGCUAAAAAGGAGGGCAUUGAUCGUCACAUGCAGUUCAAGCGUAGAGUUAUCUCUGCCAACUGGGACUCGGCAGAUCAGUCAUGGAGUCUGGUGGUUGAAGCGAGCCCUGGUCAAACUCUCGAGUACCAGGCACGGUUUCUAAUCCUGGGCACCGGUUACUACGAUUACAAGGAGCCACGGAAACCCGAUAUCCCUGGCCUCGAUAGCUUCGACGGACAAGUCAUUCAUCCACAGUUCUGGCCUGAGGAACUCGACUACGCCGAUAAGGAGAUUGUAAUCGUCGGCAGCGGGGCUACGGCCAUCACACUUCUACCAAACCUAGCUAGCAAGGCGAAGCAGGUGACGAUGCUGCAGCGAAGUCCUACGUACAUCCUGUCUAUUGACAAUAGCACUGGAAAUUCGUGGUUUCAUCGUAUGCUGCCGGAGCUGUGGUCCUUCAAGCUUGGUCGUUGGGCGUUUAUCUGGACGACUGCCAUGAUUUUCUACCUCUGCCGUGCGUUCCCCAAUGCCGCGAGGUCGAGGCUUCAGCGCUGGGUUGGAGAGCAGCUCCCGGCACAUGUUCCCAUGGACCCUCAUUUUACGCCCCUCUACCGGCCUUGGGAUCAGCGACUUUGCUUCAGUCCUAACGGGGAUUUCUUUAAGGCCAUCCGGGAGGACAAUGCAAACGUCGUGACGGAUCGCAUCAGUCAAGUCAAAGGUGAUGCCAUUGUCCUCUCUUCGGGCAGGCAGCUGAAGGCAGACAUCAUCGUCACCGCCACUGGUCUGAAGCUUAAGGUCGGCAGCGACAUUAAGAUCACGGUGGAUGGGGAGCUCAUCCAUCUCUCGGACAAGGUUGCAUGGCGGGCGUCCAUGCUGAGUGAUGUACCCAACCUAGCCAUCAUGAUAGGUUACGUUAACGCGUCGUGGACUCUCGGCGCCGAUGUAACAGCGCGCCUAAUCUGCCGUCUUCUCAGUUACCUUCAGAAGAAGGGAAAGACAAGCGCUGUCCCACGGUUCCCCAGCAAUGUCCAACCGCGGCCGUUGUGGGAUCUUGACGCUACAUAUGUCAAGCAGGCGGAGAAGAGCAUGCCAAAGUGUGGAGAUUCCGGUCCUUGGAAGGGACGUACAAACUAUUUUUACGACUUGUGGCGUGCAAAGCAUGCGAGCAUCACGGCUGGACUCGAGUUUUCUUCGAGUGGCGCCAAAUUGUGA